AUGACCGGAAGUUUAAAAAACACGGAAGCGCUUUGUUUUUAUUUCACAGCCAGCUAUCAGUGGCUAUCAGAUGCACCUUUAGGCUGCAGAAGUCGUUUUAAAUCUGCUACUCAAACAGCCCGGGCUCGACGAAGACAUCCACCGUGGGAGCUCAGCUUUUUCGUCUUCAUUUUCCCGAUGGUGGAGCCCACAGCAUCUGGCGUGUUCUGCAACAGGAUGCUGAGCAUGGUCAACUCUGAGGACGUGAACGCCAUCAUUCAGGCUCAGAGACACAUGCUUGAUCGCUUUGAGAAAACCAAUGAAAUGUUGAUCAACUUUAACGGGCUGUCUAACGUGCGACUGCAGCAGAUGAACGAACGGUUCCUACUCCACACUCGCACCCUUGUGGAGAUGAAGAAAGAUCUAGAUAGCGUCUUCAGGAGGAUCAGGACACUAAAAGGGAAGAUUGCUAAGCAGUACCCAGAAGCUUUCAGCAAUAUCCAUGAGUCACCCAUCCUGGAGGACGACGAUGAUGAAUUUGACCUAGUUUCCCCCGGUGCUCCCACAACAAUUACAACAGCCACCUCGGAGCAGAGCACAGAGUCUUGUGACACGAGUCCAGAUGUGAUCUCACCCACAGUGAGCAGAUGCUCUGAAGAUCUGUCUCAAGAGCCGCCUGACACGCCCACCUCCGAUGUCCUAGAGACAGCUGUCCUACAGGACGAGGGUCCGGACUCUGUAACUGCAGAAUAGAGUUGUUUUUUUUUUUAAAUAUAUAUAUAUAUAUAUAUAUAUUAAGUCAGUUUAUAGUCAUAGUCAUCUAUCUGAAGAGUGUCACAACCUAAAUAGAUGUUAGAUCUGGCUAUGAACGGUCUAUGAGGACACUGAAUUUUUGUUGGCACGCUUUUUGUCCUAUGCCUGCAC